UACCUUCCUUCGGGGCCGCCCAGGCCCCGCCCCUACCUCACACAGGCCCUACCGGCCCCCGUAGAGCCGCCCAGGCCUGGCUUCCGUCAUGCGCACUCAGGUUCGUGCAAACUUGGAAGCGGAUCCCGUGGAGGGAACGUCCCACCGUUUGCUCGAUUGACUUCUAAUGACUCUUGAUACGUGAGGAAGAGCUCCGGAAGAGGAAGAGGAAAGCAAAGGAGUCAGGGAUGGCUCUUCCUCAGGGUCUACUGACAUUCAGGGAUGUGACCAUAGAAUUCUCUCAGGAGGAGUGGAGAUGCCUGGACCCUGCUCAGAGGAUUUUAUACUGGAACGUGAUGUUGGAGAACUACAGGAACCUGGUCUCCCUGGAUAUCUCUUCCAAAUACAAGAUGAAGGGGCUCUUGUCAACAGCACAAGGCGAUACAGACGGGUUCCACACAGGGAUAUUAGAUAGACAUGAAAGUCAUCACAUUGGAGAUUUCUGCUUCCAGGAAAUUGACAGAGAUAUUCAUGAUUUAGAGUGUAGAAAUAGCCAUGAGGCGCUCAUGAGAAAAGUUGAAAAGCUUCCUUGUGGUACAGACCAAGAUGACGAAAGGCACGCUGGCAACAAGCCUGUUACGGAUCAGCUGGGAUUAAGCUUUCAUUCGCAUUUGCCUGAACUGCACAUAUUUCGGACGGAAGGGAAAUUCGGUAAUCAAGUUGAGAAAUCUAUCAAUGAUGUUUUCUCAGUUUCAGCAACCAAAAUCAUUUCUUGUAGGCCCCAAACCCAUAUUUCUAAUAAGUAUGACAACUUCCCCCAUUCUUCAUUACUCACACAAAAACCGAAAGUACACGUGAGAGAAGUACCUUUCCAAUGUCAUGAGAAAGAAACCUCUAACUGUAGCUCUCUCUUGAGGAAACAUCAGAUAAUCCAUUUAGGAGAGAAACAAUAUGAAUGUGAUGUGUGUGGAAAGGCCUUUCAUCAGAAGCCAUACCUUGAACGCCAUUGUAGUUGUCACACUGAAGAGAAACGUUACAAGUGUAAGGAGUGUGGCAAGACCUUCAGUCGGAUGUCAUACCUUACAUGCCAUCAUAGAAUUCAUACUGGAGAGAAACCUUACAGGUGUAAUGAGUGUGGGAAGACUUUCCGUCAGAGGUCAUCCCUUACACGCCAUAAUACCAUUCAUACUGGAGAGCAACGUUACAAGUGUAAUGAAUGUGGCAAGGUUUUUAAUCAACGAGCAAACCUUUCACAUCAUCAUAGAGUUCACACUGGAGAGAAACCUUAUAAGUGUAGUGAGUGUGGGAAGACCUUCAGUCAGAUGUCAUCCCUCACAUGUCAUCAUAGAAUUCAUACUGGAGAGAAACCUUACAAGUGUAAUGAGUGUGGGAAGACCUUCCAUGAGCAGUCAUCUUUUACAUAUCAUCGUAGAAUUCAUACUGGAGAGAAACCUUACAGAUGUCAGGAGUGUGGCAAGACCUUCCGUGACAAUUCAUCCUUUACCCGCCAUCAUAGAAUUCAUACUGGAGAGCAACCUUACAAGUGUAAUGAAUGUAGCAGGGUUUUUAAUCAACGAACACACCUUUCACUUCAUCAUAGACUUCAUACAAGAGAGAAACCUUACAAGUGUAAUGAGUGUGGCAAGGGUUUUAAUCAACAAGCAUACCUUGCACGUCAUCAUAGACUUCAUACUGGAGAGAAACCUUACAAAUGUGAAAAAUGCCACAAAGUUUAUAGUAGCAAAUCAAGUCUUAAAAGACAUAGGAGAAUUCGCACUGGAGAGAAACCUUACAAGUGUAAUGAGUGUGGCAAGAGCUUUAGUGAGAUGUCAUCUCUCAUAGUCCAUCAUAGACUUCACACUGGAGAGAACCCUUACAGAUGUCAUGAGUGUGGCAAGACCUUCCGUCACAAGUCAUCCCUUAAACGCCAUCAUAGAAUUCAUACUUGAGAGCAACCUUACAAGUGUAAUGAGUGUGGCAAGGUUUUUAAUCAACGAACACACCUUUCACAUCAUCAUAGACUUCAUACUGGAGAGAAACCUUACAAAUGUGAAAAAUGCCACAAAGUUUACAGUAGCAAAUCAAGUCUUAAAAGACAUAGGAGAAUUCAUACUAGAGAGAAACCUUACAAGCGUAAUGAGUGUGGCAAGAGCUUCCGUCAGAAGUCAUCCCUUACAUGCCAUUAUAGAAUUCAUACUGGAGAGAAACCUUACAAGUGAAAUGAAUGUGGCAAGGUUUUUAAUCGACAAGCACACCUUGCACGUCAUCAUCGGCUUCAUACUGGAGAGAAACCUUACAAAUGUGAAGAAUGUGACAAAGCUUUCAGUCGCAAAUCAAACCUUGAAAGACAUAGAAAAAUUCAUACUGGAGUGAAACCUUACAAAUGUAAGAUUUGUGACAAGGCUUUUGGGCGUGAUUCACACCUGGCAGAACAUACUAAAAUUCACACUGGAGAGAAACCUUACAGGUUUAAUGAGUGUGGCAGAACCUUUAGUGCGCAGUCAACACUUAACACCAUGAAGCAAUCCAUGGUAUAGGGAAACUUUUCUAAUGUAAUGAUUGUCACCCAGUCUUCAGUAAUGCUACAACCAAUGUGCGUCCUCCAAUGCAAAUCAUUGGAGCAUCCAUAAUGAAUGGAUUCUUGCAAGUGUAAUCAAUUUCACAAAUGUUUUAGACAUUGUUCAUACCUUUCAGUUCAUUGGCGAACUCAUACUCGAGAUGCCCCUUACAAAUGUCAUAACUGUGGCAAGGUCUUCAGUCAAUUUUCAUCUUAUGCAAAACAGAAAAAUUCAUACAAAAGAGAAACCUCACAAAAGUGAUUGUUGCGGCAAAGCCUUCACUGCACGUUCACACCAUAUUAGAUGUUAGAGAAUCCAUACUGGCAGAAAUCUUACAAAUGUCAUAAGUGUCACAAGGUCUUCAGGCAGAGGUCACUGCUUGCAGAACAUUGGAAAAUUCAUUUUUGGCCGGGCGUGGUGGCACUCACCUGUAAUCCCAGCACUUUGGGAGGCCGAGGUGAGUGGAUCACGAGGUGAAGACAUCGAGACCAUCCUGGUCAACAUGGUGAAACCCCGUCUCUACUAAAAAUACAAAAAAUUACCUUGGCAUCAUGUUGUGUGCCUGUAUUCCCAGCUACUCGGGAGGCUGAGGAAGAAGAAUUGCCUGAACCCAGGAGGUGGAGGUUGUGGGGAGCUGAGAUCGCGCCAUUUCACUCCAGCCUGGGUAACAAGGGUGAAACUCCGUCUCAAAAAAAAAAAGAAAAAUCCAUUUUUGAGAUAAUGUUCUUAGAUGCAAUGAGUCUAGCAAACCAUCAAACAUUAAUUGACAUUAGAGUCAAUUCAGCAUUGACUUGAGUCUGAGUUGACUUAACAUUGACUUCCAACAUUAAUUGAUAUGUAAGUGUUAAGAGGAUUGGACUGGAUGGGGUGGCUCACAUCUGUAUUCUUAGCACUUUGGGAGGCAAAGACAGGUACAUCCUGUGAGUUUAGUUUGAGACCAGCCUGGGCAACAGAUGGAAGCCACUUUUCCCAGCCUGUGUUUUGUUUCUUUAGAAAUCUGAUAGAGGUUUUUGUGGGUAUUGUGUUGAAUCCAGAUCACAUUGGGUUUUACAGUCAUUCAAUAAUGUUUCUCCGAUCCAUCAAUAUGGGUUGGAUCUCUGUAUAUUUCUAUAAUCAUUUUAAUAAAUGUUUGUAGAUUUCAUGGUACAAACAU